GAUCUGAUAUUUUGCAACAAGUGACAAAUAUUAAUGUUACAUUUGGAAGACAAGAAAAGUUGAAUGAUAAAAUAAAAAGAAAAAGAAAAAAAAAUAGACAAAGCAGUGUGGGUGAAGGUUCAACUAAACAGUGGAAGAAAAAAAGCAUAUUCUUCAAUCUUCCUUAUUGGGAAUCCAACUUGUUGCGCCAUAAUUUAGAUGUUAUGCAUAUUGAAAAAAAUGUUUUUGACAAUAUUAUUCACACUCUGUUAAAUGAUAGAGAAAAGUCAAAGGAUCACAUUGAAGCUCGAAAAGAUCUACAAGAUAUGGGUAUAAGGGAAGACCUUUGGGCAGAUGAGAAUGGUGAUUUUCGGCUUGGUGCAUUUACAAUUCCAAAGGAUAAGAAAGUGACCUUCCUUACAACUUUAAAGAAUAUCUUAAUGCCCGAUGGUUAUUCGAGUAAUAUAUCUCGUUGUAUACAUCUAGAAUCAAAGAGGAUCUUUGGAUUAAAAAGUCAUGAUUGUCACAUCAUUAUGGAACAAUUACUGCCGAUAGCAAUUCGCAAUGUGCUUCCAAAUCAAGUUGUAGCAAUUUUGGUAGAGUUCUGUUCUUUUUUUAGACACAUUUGUCUGAAAAACUUGAGCCUCAUGGACCUUGAAAAACUACAAAAACGGAUUGUUAUCACUCUUUGCCACCUAGAGAUGUUGUUCCUUCCAUCCUUUUUUACUGUAAUGGUUCAUUUAACUGUCCAUUUAGUGGACGAAGUAAUACAAGGUGGUCCAGUACAUUAUCGAUGGAUGUAUUUUGUUGAAAGGUAAAAUAUCUUAUUUUUAAAAACUUUUGUCUCAAAGUAAAUGCUUGUUCUAAUACUAUGUAAUUUUAAUGGUAGAUUGUUAGGUCAUUUCAAGUCACUUAUAGGGAACAAAUCACAGGCAGAAGGAUGUAUAGCUGAAGGUCAAAAAAUUGAAGAAGCUCUAACUCUUUAUUCUCGUUAUUUUGAGGAUAUCGAAUCGAGGGUAAAUAGGCCUAAACGAGUAAAUGAUGAAACAAAUCAUGAUGAGGUUCCUGAAAGGUCAUCUAUGUUCCCUCGACAAGGUAAAGUUGUCGGAGGCUUCAUAACAUUUGCUUUGACUCAUUUGGAGAAAACUCAAGCUCAUCGAUAUGUAUUACUUAAUUGCGCUUCAGCAAAGCCAUUUAUUGAUGAAUUUAGGCAACACAUUAAAAGGAGUUCAAGAGGCAGAAAACCUUCGAUAACAGAGGUAGAAAAGAGAAUUAAUAGAGAGUUUACUGAUUGGUUUCCUAAGCGGAUAAUGAAUCCAGAUAUAGAAGACACAAUCUCUGAUGAUAUAAAGUUUUUAGCACAAGGUCCAGCGCCAUAUGCAAGAAGAUUCACUGCUUAUAACAUUAAUGGGUUCAAAUUUCGAACUUUGUCAAGAGAACAAGGAUUGAAAACUCAAAAUAGUGGAGUUUUUCUUAUGUCUAACACUUCUUGCGUUGCAUCUAGUGCUGAUAGAAAUGCAAGACAAGCAGAUUUGCCAUAUUAUGGGAAGUUGGAAGAUAUUAUUGAGCUUAACUAUUAUGGAAAGUUCAGGGUUGUGCUUUUCAAAUGCAAGUGGGCUGACACUACUCGAGAUAGAGGGUUUAAAAGAGAUGUUUGGAACUUUAAUUGUGUCAAUUUUUCUAAAUUGAUUCACACUGGUGAUCGUGAGGAUGAUGAUCCUUAUAUUGAAGCAUCACAAGCAAAUAUGGUUUUCUAUGUUGAUGAUGAAACAGAUAAAGAAUGGAGUGCAGCUAUACAUUUACAACCAAGAGAUGUGUUUGACAUGGGACAAGUUGAUGAAGAAGAGAUAUUUGAGAAUGAGCCUACCAACAACAAGAAUUUGAAAAUUUUUUCGAUGUUGAUUAUGGAAAUGUCCAAAUCUCAACAGAGGAGCAUAUGUCUGAACACACAUAGCAUGCUUUUUAGUUUUGGUGUAAAGGAAAAACUAUUUGUAUAUGCUAAUCACAUCACUCUUUUAUUAAGAUUUGAACUUUUCAUGUGUGUGUGGAUCUGGAUACAAAUUUCUUAUGAAAAUCUGCAGUCUUAUAACUGGAUGAACCAGUAA